AUGCCGCCGCGACUACUCCCGGAGUCUACUGUCCUCCGUCCGCGCGACCCAGCCGACAUCGAUACCGACCAAUGGCCCAUCUUCGAGCUCGUCGAUGCGAGCGUGACCGACCCGAACAACGAGAACGCGCCCGCCACUCUCCUUCAUGCAAGCGCGCAAUACCCUCUCACAGUCACCGGACGACUACGACCGCUUCCGAAGCACCUCUCCCAACUCUAUCUCCCGCAAUCGCAGCGUUCGUCGCCGAUUGAGAUCACCGAUGUUCGCUCGUUCUCAUAUGGCGCCUGGGAAGAUGGAAGCAUUGGACUAUGGGCCUGUGGCAAAGCUGGCUGGUUUCUGAUAAGCCCUUCCGCGAGCUACAAAUCGAUCUACGACAGCAUGACCGAGGCCGUCAAAUUGCUGCACUUUAUUGCCGACACCUACAAGUCCACACGAAAGAUUGGCAAAAUGCCGGGUGGUAGUUCGCUGGGCGAGUACAGCGCGACUGAGAUGUUCGCAUUAUACGCGAGCAAGGUCAUGAGAGGCAAGGCGACCGCAGACGAGGCAGCCGAGAAGGUGUAUGAGCAUAGGCUCUUUCUGCUUUCGAGCGUGAUUGCGGGCAAGGAGGGCAUCGCGUGGAGCAAGAAUCCUUUGUAUGUGCAUCUUCGGCAGAAAUUUCCCAGCGAUCGGGCGCGGGCGAGGGACAUGCUGUUUGGGACAGGCAGUAGUCGGGCGUCUGCUGGGAGAGAUGUUGUUGCGCCGGCAAGACGACCAUCCAUGGAAUCGACUUCGACGAGCAGUAGUCUGAAGAGGAAGCGAGGCCGGCCGCCGAAGGAUAGCGAUGUCAUCUCGAUAGCAUCGAGUUCGGUUGCUAGUGCCGGGGGCAAGGGGCGGGUUAGCCAGACGAAGAAUGAGGUGGACAGCAAGCCUCCUGCAAAAGCUGGCUCUUCUGGACCAGCGACAUCGCGACAGACUCGCACGCGUGCGGGCUCACAAACCGCAACACAAUCCGCUACGCCUGAGACACCACCCCCUCCGAAGAAAGAAGACGACGAAGACAGCGACAUUGAUGCGAUACAUCCUCGGAACGCCAAAUCGGCACUCCGACUCAAACCGAACGUAUCAUCCAAAGGACCAACAAGGAGCACGCUCACGACAGCCAAAGACAAAGACCAACCGGACGGCCGGCGGCGAUCCUCACUGGCAGCACUACACUACACCCGCCACCGCGACUCUGCCACCUCCCGCCGGCUAAAAUCCGAAUUAGACGAAGGCAUCUCCAUGCCUACCUCCCCCUCCUCAACCUCCCAAGCCGACGGCGGCGGCCCCGACACCCUCCCCGGCGCAUCCGACGCCCACGCUCUCAACCACGCCCCCGACCCCAUCCAACAAGACACCUGGAUCUGCGCGCUCGCCGGCUGCACACACAAAGUCUACGCCGCCUCGACACCGGCUUCGCAGGCGCUGAUCCGUCAGCAUUACGCUUUACAUGCUUGUGAUGAUGAUGAAAGGGUGCAGAUGGUGAAGGAGCUGCAGGCGCCGAGCCUGCCGGUUGGGAGGUUGGUGGAGAGGGUAAGGCUGCAGGUUAAGGGGGAGGGGUUUCCGGGGAGUCGGGUGGCGGGGACGAGGUUUCCGGAGGCGCUGAAGAGGAGUGUGUGA